AUGGAGCCUAUUAUUCUUAACCCAACCUUCAUUUCAUUUCUUUGUCUGACACUUUUGCUGCAGUUUACAACUUCGCAGGAUCUACAUGAUGUCUACUUAAAUAGCAAUUGUUCAGAUAAUAGUCAAUUUGAGCAAGGUGGUGAAUACCAAACCAAUCUUCAUUACCUCCUAUCAAAUCUCACCUCGAAUUCCGGCACACAAAAGUUCUACAAUUUCACAUCUGGAGAAAACCCAAAUACAACAAUCUAUGGCCUUUUCCUUUGCAAUAUUGCUGCUGACAAUCAGCUUUGUCAAGACUGUAUUCAGACAGCAGCAAAUGGAAUUCUACAAACAUGUCCGUCGAGUGUAGAAGCCAUCGUUUGGUACGCGUUGUGUAUGUUACGCUAUUCAAACCGCUCGAUAUUUUCCAUUAAUGACGUUUCCAUAUAUAUUCCGAUGACGGAAGGUCCGGCAGAGUACGGUCAGUUUGAUCAACAGGUGUCGAAUGCAUUUAUCAGUCUGUUCGAUGUUGCCGCAUCUGAUGGGAAUUCAUCGUUGACUUCAGCCUCAACAGCAAGUCAAUUAGGAAAUGUAAUGUUGACUACAUCAGUUGAGUGCACACCAGAUCUGAGUCCCUCUGAUUGCCGCAGUUGUUUAAGAACUGCACUUGGAAGGCUUCAGACAAAUGGUCAUCAAGCUGGAACACUUCUACAACCAAGUUGCCGAUUGAGCUAUUCUAUUUUUGAUCUUGCAUCUUUCUUUGCUACAACACCAAAUAAGAAGUUGCACAUCGGACUGGGAGUUAUAUCAGGAUUUGCUACCAUAUUAUUGGUCGUGAUAGUUAUAUUGAUCUUUUUUCUAAAGAGAAGAAAGGCCAAAAAAAGACCAGCUGGGCUAGAAGAGAUCGAAAGCAUGGAAAACUUGCAGAUAGAAUUUGAUGCCAUCAAAACUGCCACAUACAACUUCUCUGAAUCCAACAAGCUUGGACAAGGUGGAUUCGGUAUUGUUUACCGGACGUUGACCGAUGGACAGGCAGUGGCGGUAAAGAGGCUUUCGAAUGCAUCAGGACAAGGAAUCCGAGAGUUUAAGACAGAGGCCUGCUUAGCUGCAAAGCUUCAACAUAAAAAUCUUGUUAAACUCUUUGGAUUCUGCUUGGAAAGAGAUGAAAUGUUGCUAAUCUACGAGUUUGUGCCUAACAAGAGUCUUGACCGAUUUUUAUUUGAUGCCAAACGCGGAGCAUUGUUGAAGUGGGAAAACAAGAUCAUAGUAGGAAUUGCACGAGGUCUUUUAUACUUACAUGAAGACUCGUGCCCAAAAAUUAUACAUCGGGACCUCAAACCGAGUAACAUCUUGCUAGACGGGGAGAUGAAUCCCAAAAUUGCAGAUUUUGGCAUGGCAAAACUUUUUGGAGGAGAUCAAACUCAAGGAAAUUAUACUAGUAGAAUUGGAGGAACAUUCGGAUACAUGGCUCUAGAAUAUACAUCAACUGGUCACUUCUCGAUCAAAUCCGACAUUUUUAGUUAUGGUGUCAUACUUUUGGAGAUUAUCAGCGGAUUGAGGAAUCUUAGCUUUGGCACUAAUGCACAAGAGAAGAGCCUCUUAAGCUAUGCAUGGAGACUUUGGAAUGAAGGGACAUGCUUGAACUUAGUAGAUUCAGCACUAGGGAAUGAUUUUUCCAAAAAUGAAGUUGAAAGAUGUAUACAAGUUGGUUUGUUAUGCACUCAAGAAGAUCCGGACAAGAGGCCAAACAUGGCUUCAGUGUUAAUCAUGCUUAACACCCAAUUAAACAUUAAUCUCGCAUUGCCUACUUCUCCUCCAACUUUACCUUACAAGCAAGAAACACCAGCUGUUUCACAUGGAAGCUCUAGGUUCCCAACAGAUGAUAUUAUCUCCGAGUUAUGA